AAUACCUAGUGUUAUUUAUUAAUAUCCUGGCCCCGUUCUUUUUUUUGCCCAAACAACUUAUAACACAUCCUCAACUGAAAACCAAAUCCUGGUGGCAGCAGUCAACUACGUCGUCCAAGAUGUCAUCAUCAGUCCUUGACCAGCUUCUCGAGAUGGGAUUCGACAAAUCACGUGCCGAGCUGGCCGUGAAGAAGUCAGAUGGCUUACCUGAUGCCAUGGAUUGGCUAGAAAAAACUCAAGACACCCCUUUGGAUGAACUCCUGGAGGAACAGGAGGCAUCCGGAGCCAAUAUUGCCAAGGUGGAUGAUGGUACAGUCGCCAUGUCACUCGUUUGCAACGAAUGCAACAAGAAAUUCCGCAACGCGGGCGAGGCCGAGUUCCAUGCCAAUAAGUCAGGCCACACUGAUUUUGCCGAAUCUACCGAGCAGAUUGCUCCCCUUAGUGAAGAGGAGAAGAAACAGAGACUUGAGGAACUCCGUGAACGUGUCAAGGCCAAAAAAGCCAACAAGGCCGAAGAAGACAAGGAAGAGCAGAAGCGCAACGAGAAAAUUCGUCAAAAGGCGACCAGAGAGUCUCACGAACUCAAGGAGGAGACCCAGCGCAAGGAGCAAAUAAAGGAAGCGGCCAAGAAGCGCCAGGAGAAGCUCGAUGACAUUGAGGCCAAGAAACGCAUCAAGGCCAAGAUCGAGGCCGAUAAGGAGGAACGUCGUCGCAAGGCGGAGGAAGCCAAGGCUGCUCGGGAAGGCAGAUCUAUCCCUACCCCCGCUGCCUCUGCCCCCGCGCCAGCGCCAGCUCGUCCCACUACUAAUCACGCCGAGGCCCGGUUGAGACUACAAACUUCUCAAGGCAAUGUUAUGAAGACAUUCCCGGCGGAUACCACCCUUUUCGAGGUUGCUCAAGUACUGGAGUCAGAGAAUGGGCUUACCGUUAGUAAGUUCAUCCAAAACUUCCCCAGAAAGAUUUUCGAAGGAAACCUUGAUCUGGGCAAAACCCUGAAGGAAGCCGGAAUGGUUCCCAGCGCGGUUUUGGUCGUACAAUAAACCGGACUACAUGACUAUCACGAAUGCAUGACCUGGCGUUUAGAUCUGGCUUGGGAGGAUAAAAGGGGGACUCCGUAGCAUGGAUGGAUUAUCAGUCAUGAAGUUGGAGGUAAGGGAGCCACAAAAACGAGGUUACUAGGUAACAAGUGCGCGCAUUUUUCAUAUGAGAUAUUAUAUCAAUAUCUUCCGCAGCUACUGCAUAAUAGGUACGUAGCUAGGGUUUGAUGUCACAGCUGAAUAUUGCCUCGAGAUUACGAUGAGACACUUAGGCGUAACAAGGUCUAGAGGUCUUCAUUUAAUCUCAAACGACUUCAUUCGUAAAGAGCAUUUGUCAUAUUAACCUAUGACUGGGUGAACUUUGCCCAAGGCAUCCUAAUAUUGCCUCCUUCACGCCACACCAAUGGUGUAUGGAACCCCAGAACCAUGCAGUGAAAGUACAAAGGGAAGGUGAGUGGUAGUCGUCGCGCAACGAUUUUAGUCGAAAAGACCGAAUCCCAUGUCGUCGUCUGACUCUUCCUUCUCUGCAAAGUGAG